AUGACUAUCUUACAGGCUUAUGAACAAGCUUCUGGUCAGUUGAUUAACUUAGAGAAAUCAUCUGUCAUCUUCAGUAAGAAUGUGUCUAUUACGCAGAAACAGGAUAUAUGUGGUAAACUUUGUGGUAUGGAGGAAGUGAAACAUGGGAGAUACCUUGGUUUACCAAUGGUCAUAUCAAGGUCAAAAGAACAAGUCUUUGGCUAUAUUAAGGAAAAUAUUAACAGGCGUCUAGAGAGCUGGAAGAAUAGAUUCUUAAGCCAAGCAGGAAAGGAAGUCAUGCUCAAACUUGUUACUAUGGCUGUGCCAAUUUACGCGAUGUCUUGCUUCAAAUUGCCAAGGAAGUUAUGUAAGGAUCUCAGCUCAACUAUGGCAAACUAUUGGUGGGGAGAAGCCAAUGGUAAAAACAAAAUGCAUUGGAUUUCUUGA